GUGGAACUGUUUUAAAGGUGUGUUUGUAAUCUUUGUCAUCAAAGAUUCUUUGCCUAAGAUUAUUCUGAGCUGUUACCAGGAAAAGAAGAACAGCCACGUAGCUGAAGGUUUAUGUUGAUGAGGCAUCAGACAUAAUUUAUUCCAAACAAUUCUGAGAGCGGAUUAAAGGCAGUUCUGUUGUAUACAUUGCUGUAUUUAUGUUCAACCGUGACGCCUAAACCCUAAACACCAGUGCGCCAUCUCGAUAAAAGACUUCAACAAGACAGCGUUGGCAAUUAACAGAGUCAGAUUUGCAAUCACCGCUCAAACUAGAAUCAGAAUGAAGAUUUAUUGAAUCCAGUCUAUAGCUAAAGGAUGUAAUAGUAUCAUUUUCCAACUUUACAGCCUCGUCACAUUUGGACAGCAGGGAUCUUCAGAUAAAUAUUGUGGUCUUUGGCUGAGAACAACGGGAAAAGUCUUAUAACCAUAGAAGCGUGUCUAACAGAAACAUUUCUUCACUCUGCUUCUCGCUCUGGUAUCGUAAUCUUCAUUUGAGGAAAGUGUCUUUUUUCAACUCGUUGAGUAACAUUCAACCAGCGCGAAAACAGCUAGUUUGGAUGGACCAGAGAAACUACCUAUCGAGGACUCUAUAUACUUGAUAUCCGUGGGGAACGUUACAUGAACAGACAAAUUUUUCUUGCUUCAGUGCAACAAGACCUUUAAAAAACGUCGGAAGUCACAUGAACGAUGCAAGGAAAUCUCAGCAACGUAUCUAACGAUAUCCUCGACGCUGAUGCAGAGUUUGACGGAAAGAUUGUAUUUCUGGUGUUCGUGUUGUUGCUUAUCCUUGCAACAGUCGUUGGUAAUGGCUUCGUAUUCAUGGCUGUUUACACAUUCCGUGAGUUGAGGACGGUGACAAAUUACUUCAUAGUGGCCCUUGCCGCCGCAGAUGUGGCCGUUGCUCUUUUGGCGAUGCCGGUAUGGCUUGUAAGAUCACUUGUUCACGUUGAAAGGGAACAAGAUAAUUAUGUGAUGGCUUUGUGCACCCAAUGGAUCGAUCCAUUCUGUUGUACAGCAUCCAUUGUGAACGCCACGUUAGUUUCCAUUGACCGUUAUUGUGCCAUUAGCAAGCCGCUACGCUACAGAACCAUGGUGACACCGCUUCGUGCUAAGCGCUCCAUUGCCGUGGUUUGGGGAUUCGCAGUGGCCAUUGCAGGAGUCUCCUUUCUGCAAUUUCAUGAGUCCUACACGGUUAUCGAAGGCUAUGUUAUAUUUCUAUUCGUGACGCUAUUUUGUAUUCCCUUAAUCACGAUGUCGUUUGCGUAUAUCUCGAUCUGCAGGGCAGCCAUCCACCAGAUUUCUAAGAUGCACUCCACACGACUUAGCUCAACGUCUUACGAUCAAGACAGGAGGCAGUCGUUUGAACGACGAAAACGCUUCUUCAGAGAACUAAAAAUCACCAAAAUGCUUGCAGUCAUAGUGAGUCUGUUUAUAAUUUGCUGGAGUCCAUUCCUUGUGGUAACUCUCAUUGAAGCGUUCACGACUGAGGAAAUUCCACUUGCAGUUCAAGGUGUCAUCGUCUUUCUUCCCUACGUGCUUUCAUGCGCAAACCCUUGGAUCUAUACUGGAAUGAACAGGGAUUUUCGUUUGGCCUUUAAAAAUUUUUUUUGUACCUCAAAGAUUCUAUGCCUUAAACGUUCCAGAGAGCGCAGCGCAAACGAGCGCAUGUUAAGGCCACUACCGUCGACUACAGUCGACGAAACCUUCAUUUCUAACGGCUUGCGACAAGGGUCCAACUCGAUUCGAAAGGUUUCCAGUCGUGGACCAGAAAUUACAACUGUUUAGCUUUUGAGAUGGACUCAAAGAAAAUAUCAAUUAACUCCUUCAUCUCCGAUUGUUUUAUCGAUCGAACUAAUGACAUUUUUAAUAUGAUUUAUAACGCAAAGGAUGCACUCUUGCCAAAGUUAAAUGGAUCAGGAGAAUAAGCUGAUUUUCUCAAUUAGAAAGUGACAUUGCUCAGUAUACUUCUAGAAUGAUUGCGUUCGCUCGCUUUCAUUACUUGAGCUGAAUGCACCACAUUUAUAUCGAAAGGCGAUAAAUGUUCUGAAUUCAGCUAAAGAAGAUUUAUGGUCAUCUUCGAAAACACGGCAGACGCAACUUAGAUCCAAACCCACGUCCAUUUACAUUAAUGACCUGUUUGUCUUAUACGAUAAGGGAUGGAAAAUGGGCAGAAAUGUCUUUGUAGAUGACUGUUUGAAAAUAGAAACUUAAAAAUAGCCAGUGUUGGUUUCGAGUCGUCGGAGUAAGGUUCCUUCAAUUAGUGAUAUAUUUGAGAUAUAUGUAGAAAUAUUGAGGAAAACUGGCUUUUUGUUUAUGUUAAAAAGGCAGGCGAAAGCGUAUGGAUGAAUUCAAAUUGUAAUGAAAGAUCAUCUUUUCGUCUUCUCGUUCGAUAUUUUGCAAAACAUACAACAAAGGAUAUUGUUUGGCUCAUGUAGAUUUUGAACCCACGAUUUACGUAACCAAAUUAAGGUUGAGAACAAGUCGGGGAUUGGUCACUGUCGAUGAGAAACAAAUACGUUUUUUUGGUGACCGAAUGCACCAGAAACUUUUAUUGAGGUUUUCUAUUGAGCAUGAAAAACCUUUGCCAUUCACAGGCACACUGCAGCUAUGAACAUGGGUGAUAUGAGAGUCUUUUAAAGCGGAACGACUAACGGCCAUGUUUAAACGCGUUGAAAAUUCAAAGUAGUUAAUUUCGUAUCAAAAAGAAUGAAGGGAAUUUCUUUGAAGAAGUAUAUUUUCCAAUAAUCAAAACUCUGCGCGGGGGAAAUAGAAAGAAUUAUAAAACGACUGGUGACCGAUGGAUUUCAGGCUAAAGACAAUUGGCAAACAACGAAAAAAUCUCAUCUUUUACUCUUGCCAAAAUGCUGUUUGUCGCAGUCAAUCUUGAUCAUUUUGUUUUGUUUCAGUCGACAGCCAUACACAAUAUACACAGAAAGGUCAGAACUUAUAGGCAAUUUCGUGUUUUUUUAUUUCUUCGCCGCAGCUAUCAGAGAAACCAAUCCUAACACUUGUUCUGAUUAGGAACACACUAAGAAAAAAGCUUUCCGAAAUUUAAGGAUAAUACCAUGGAAGACAUACACCAGAGAUGUCAUGUGUUACUGUUCUAAAUCUGUACCGAAGCAUUUUUUGCAGUGACGCUUUCGGAUUAUGUGCAGAUUUAUUUGCGAUCGUAUUUGCAUAGCUAAAUCUUACAAGAAUAAAGAUAUUUUUUGGAGGCCAUUCUAGUAUUCAUGGACGGCCUAUCCAGUUGCCAUUCCUAAUAAAAAUAGAUAAAUAGAUGAGUUACGAACUUGCAGUCUUCGGUCUUGAAAGUUGUAAAUAUAUGAAGAUGACAUCUGUUUGGUACAAACACCAAUCGUUGCAUUUGUUCUGUAAAAUAAACAAAAUUGUUUGGGUUA